ACUGCUCCCGGGCCGGCAGGUGCGCGCUGGGGAGCGCCUGGCGAGCCCGGAGACUGCGCGUAGGGCGCUUCAGGCGAGGCCGCUCUGCCCCGGAGCUCGUGCCCGACGGCUCCGCGCCGCAGCCGGCGGUAUCGCGGAGAAGCGCCGCGCCGGGGCCGCCCCGUUUCCCCACUACGCCCCCCCGGGGAGGGGCCGCCGCCUCCCACGCCCCGCCGGGCCACCGAGGGGCCGCGCUCCGGCCACUCUCGCUGCGGUGCGGAGAUGCUCUCGGGGGCGGCGGUGCGGGGCAGCCCGGCGGCGACCUUCGCCGAGGACGUGCUGCGCGUCUUCGGGAGCAACCGGAGCCUGUCGGCCGGGCAGCUCUCGGCGUUACUGAGCCGGCUGGGCGCCGCGCCCGCGCUGAGCGCCUUGCUGCCGCUGCCCCACCUGCAUCACAACCAGUGCCUGACUGGGGAGGAAAUUUUUUCUCUGCAUGGAAUACCAAACAACAGUCACAUAUCAAAUUCAGACUUCUCUACAGUAUGUCCUGCUGUUUUGCAGCAGCUAAUUUUUCACCCGUGUGAUCAUCAGGAAAAUUCUGUGGAUGCAUCUAGACCACAUUCUUUACAAGUUUGGGGAUUUGGGUUCCUAGCUGUGACUAUCAUUAACUUGGCAUCACUUCUGGGAUUUAUUUUAACUCCUCUCUUAAAGAAGUCUUAUUUCCCUAAGAUUUUAACCUACUUUGUGGGCUUGGCCGUCGGUACUCUCUUUUCUAAUGCAAUUUUCCAGCUCAUUCCAGAGGCAUUUGGAUUUGAUUCCCAUGUAGAUAACUACAUUGAGAAAGCAGUUGCUGUAUUUGGAGGAUUCUAUAUUCUCUUCUUUGUGGAAAGGAUUCUUAAAGUGAUACUAAAGAUCUAUAAUCAGCCUGGCCAUAAUGACUUAGAAAAUGGUGAACAGAAUCAAUCUAAGGAUAGGACUAGUCCCUCCAAGCCACCAUCAUCCAGCAAUGGAGUGACUUGUUAUGCAAAUUCAGCCAUCGUAGAGAGCAAUGGAAAUUUUGGUUUUGACAGCAUUAGUGUUGUCUCAGCACAGGAAGAAGCAAUUGAGGGCAGUUUGUGUAAAUGUCUUGGUGGGCGCCCACUGUCAAAGAUUGGAACCAUUGCUUGGAUGGUAACACUGAGUGAUGCCGUACAUAAUUUCUUAGAUGGUUUGGCAAUCGGUGCUUCUUUUACUUUGUCUCUGUUUCAAGGACUUAGUACCUCCAUAGCCAUCUUGUGUGAAGAGUUUCCUCAUGAGCUGGGGGAUUUUGUCAUCUUGCUUAAUGCUGGAAUGAGUAUUCGACAGGCUCUGUUUUUCAACUUUCUGUCUGCAUGUUCCUGUUACAUUGGGAUGGCUCUUGGAAUAUUAGUAGGCAACAACUUUGCUCCUACCAUCAUUUUUGCUGUAGCUGGUGGAAUGUUCCUGUACAUCUCUCUGGCAGAUAUGUUCCCAGAGAUGAAUGAUAUGCUGAGAGAGAAAGUGACAGGAAGAAAGAUGGAUCUCACAUUCUUCCUUAUUCAGAAUGCUGGUUUGCUAACGGGGUUUGCUGCUAUACUGUUGAUUACCUUGUAUGAAGGAAAUAUUCAGCUGUGAUAAUGCAAGUGAAAAUGGAAUCGGUGUUGAAGACAUCAAGUAAAUUAUGAAUGGAAGACAUUUGAAAUCCAUAAAGGGACAUUUGUUUACUCUUCUUGGUUUUGAAACAUUGACAGAUUCCAUUCUCCCCAUUCCAAAUGCAGGAAAUUCCUUUAUAGGACUUGCCAUUGAUCCAAAUAGUAGGAUCUGUCAACUUCUGUACUCUGCUAAGGAACUGAUUCUAAUACUUGUAUUUCUACCUAAAAUUAUCAGACAUACUUGAGUUGUUAUAGAGAAAAAGGAGGUUACUUGGCCAGUAGAAUUACGCAGUGUCUGCAACUGAGACCAAAUGAAAGCUGAGCUCUUCAAGGAAGAAAAUAAUGCAUUCCCAUAUCUUUUUGCAACUGUGAUGAAAACAAGCAGUUUCAAAGCUGCUUAAUUUCAUGAGUUCUGCUGCAGGAUUUUUCUAUGUAAGGUCCCCUUCCACCGCCAAAACAAAACUAAAACGAAAAAACCAACUAUUUCAAAGUAGAUACUAAUGAAGCUAAGAUUUGUAAUUACUAAUUAACACUGGAAGGAAAGAUACCAGUUACUGCUUUUGAUCUUUUCUCUUUAUGUGUGCACUAGGGAAUUGUUGAUUUAUUUUCAGAACCACUUUUUUUUUUAAUUGGAGGGAGCGUGUGUUAAAUUUAUGACAAUUUAUCAACUCCACAACAUUUUAGAAACAUUGAGUAUUUUAAAAAAUAUAUAUAAAUCAAGCAUUUUGUAUUUUA